AUGAUGCAACCUCAAAUUAAUUUCAUCAUUGAUCAGGAUGAAUCGGAAAAUACGAAACCAGCAGGGUACAAAUUUUGGUGUUGUCAAUGUACCAGAAAUGAAAUAAAUGAUGUUGCACGAAUCAAUAAUAAUUCAUCAUUAUCCAAUGGUAUUGUGGUUACCCAGCAACCACUUCCCAGCAAUCAAAGUAAUUGUGGUCACAAUAAUUUAAGCUUUUCCAAUUAUGCCUCUGAAAUCAAAAAUGCUUUCAGCGAGGAAAAGCACGAAUUAGACGAUGACAGUGAAAUGAAAUUCAAAAUGAAAAGGUUGAAAGAAGAGAGUAUCAAUAUAACAAGUGUUGUACUGGAUAAUCUUAUCAGUGAAGCAAAAAAAAUAGAUCCAACUGAAGAGCAAACAAAAACUGAACAAGCGCAAACGAAAAAAUUUUCCACUCAACAAAAUUUGACUGAAAAUGUUUGUAAUAUGGAUGAUAUUGUUUUCUCGGAUAUUGAUGGAGAAGAUCAAUGGAAAUCAAUGCCUGAAAGUGAACAAAUAACAAGGAUUGGUAGCGAUCAUCAUAAAGAGCAAGUUAUACAUGAUAACUGUGAUAAUGAAGAAAUCAGAAAAAUAAGUAAUAUAUCAGAUGCUUUUAGUAUUUCUGAACAAACUUCAAAAAUAGAAUUAUUUGAAGAAAAUUCCAGCCAGAUUAAAAAUGCAAAAAUUCAACUAAAUGAAGUGGAUUUUUUGAAUAAUAUUAAUGAAGCUGAUAAUUCUGGCGAAGAUGUCGACAAUUUUAGCAAUUCCAUAAAAAAUUUAACCAGUUUUACUAACCGAAAACUAUCAGCAAACACGAGCAAAAGCAAUUAUCUCUCAAUGAUUUGCAUUCCGGAUGAUGAUCUUAUACUAAAGAAAGAAAAUUCUCAAAAUAUUUCAAUGGAAAUUGGGCUCAAAAAUACCUCAAUAUCAGAACAUGACGCUGAAACAGUCAUACGAUCCAAUAAAAUGUAUGCUAAUGAUAUGUCAAGUUCAUCAUCAAGUGAUAACGAUGAAAUGCCCGAAAUUAUCAUGUCAAACAAAAAUACCGCAAAAGUUCUCAAUCUUCCGGUGGAAUCCAGAAAGAUUGAUACGGUAACAAUGAGACACACGUCGUAUACGAGUGAUGAGAAUGUAUCAGAAAAUAAUGAUAAUGUUAAAAUGUUUGCCGAUGAUUAA